AUCAAUUCUCACUUUCUAGAUAGCAACAAAACAAUUUCGUCAAUUGUACGAAAGCAGAUUAUCUAAAAUCUCUACAAACGGAAUCUUGAAAAUUUUCUGGAAUCAAUUGAAUUAGAAGAAUCCCUUACAGUGAAGAAGGAAAAUAUAUCAAUAUACGGAGUAAUGUCGUCUUUAUCUUUACUCUUGAAUCUAGCAGACGAGCUUGACUGUUUAUCUAAUCGAGUGCUUGCGGAUGAUUUUGGCUUUGGGAUAUAUCCUUACCAAUUGAACCGUAUCUACCGUCCUCGGUAUCGGCAAUCUCUGCCCGCUCGCAUAAAUACUAAAAGCGAGUAUCCUUUGGGUCGAAACACUGAUACUUGCGUUUCUACAGUUGGAAAGGAUGGAUUUCAAGUUUGCAUGGACGUACAACAAUUUAAACCUAGUGAGUUAUGUGUGAAAACAGUGGAUGAUUUUAUAGUUGUCGAAGGAAGACAUGAAGAGCGUCAGGAUGACCAUGGUUUGAUCUCCAGACACUUCGUAAGGAAGUAUUGCUUGCCAAAAGGAUAUGAUCCGAGCCAAGUUGUUUCAACGUUGUCAUCCGACGGAAUUCUUACAGUUAAGGUUCCGUUGCCGCAAAAGUUGGAUGAAUCCAAGGAGCGGAUUAUACAGAUACAGCAAACCGGACCAGCUCAUUUAUCUGUUAAGGAGAAUCCUAAAGUUGAUGCAAGUGGAGACGGUGAAAAUCCUACUGAAUAAGGCAAUUGAUUUUCGUUAAUUUGAAAAUAUUUCAUCGAUUGUAUACUUCAAUUGUUUCUUGUUUCAAUAAAGAUUCAAUUUUUGAAGA